AUGUGGGCAUUUUUGGAUAUCAACCUGCUCUUGUUCGUGUACUUCCUGUUGUUGUAUUCCUACUUUUCUUCUUCUGUGCCCUCCCAUCUUUAUUCCACCUCCUGCCAGCUACAGGGACAAUUUCAUCUAAAUGGGAUGCACAAGGCUGGAGAUGUGGUUCUGGGUGGGCUAUUUGAGAUUCACUUCUUUUCUGUCUUUCCUGACCUGUCUUUUACCUCAGAGCCACAACAGCCUACCUGCCACAGUUUUGAUAUUCUAGGAUUCAGGCAGGCCCAGAGCAUGGCCUUUGCUAUUGAUGAGAUCAACAGAAACACCAACCUGCUACCUAACGUGACUUUGGGAUAUAGUCUUUAUGAUAACUGCGUCAAACUAGGAAUUGGAUUCCGUGCAGCGUUGUCAUUAGCCAGUGGUCGAGAAGAGCAGUUUAUAUUAGACGAUACCUGUGCAGGAACCCCUCCGGUCCUAGGAAUUGUGGGUGAUUCUUCCUCUACACGUUCUAUUGCCAUCUCCACUGUCCUAGGUUUGUACAGAAUACCUAUGGUGAGUUACUUUGCCACAUGUUCGUGCCUGAGUGACCGGCAAAAGUUUCCAUCCUUCUUUCGGACGAUCCCAAGUGACGCUUUCCAGGUGCGUGCUAUGAUUCAGAUUCUCCGGCACUUUGGCUGGACUUGGACAGGUCUGCUGGUCAGUGAUGAUGAUUAUGGACUCCAUGCUGCCAAUUCCUUCCAAUCUGACAUGGCUCAGUCUGGUGCAGGGUGUCUGGCCUACCUAGAGGUUUUGCCCUGGGGCAAUGACCCAGCAGGACUAAGGAGAAUUGUGGAUAUGAUGAGGAUAUCUACAGCUCGUGUGGUCAUUGUGUUUGCACAUGAGAGUCACAUGAUUAACCUCAUGGAAGAGGUGGUGAGGCAGAAUGUGACAGGGAUGCAGUGGAUGGCCAGCGAAGCCUGGAUUGCAGCUACUGUGCUUCAGACCCCCCAACUCAUGCCGUACAUAGGUGGCACUCUGGGCAUCGCCAUCCGUCGAGGAGAAAUACCAGGUUUCAGGGACUUCCUGUUGCAAAUACGACCUGAACACAACAACAGCUAUGGAAAUAGCAUGGUAAAUCAGUUUUGGGAAUACACAUUUCAGUGUAGAUUUGCACCACCUCAUGCAGGUUGGGUGGAAGCUGGGGGAUCACUAUGCACUGGACAGGAAGAUCUAGAGAAUGUGGAGACUGAGUUCUUGGACAUUUCAAACCUUAGGCCAGAGUACAACGUGUACAAGGCGGUGUAUGCCCUGGCGUAUGCUCUUGAUGACAUUCUGCAGUGCGAGCCGGGGAGAGGGCCUUUCAGUGGGAACAGCUGUGGAACUUUGCAAAGACUGGAGUCAUGGCAGCUUGUGUAUUACUUGGAAAUGGUCAACUUCACCACACCAUUUGGUGAUCAAGUGUCAUUUGAUGAUAAUGGGGAUGCCAUACCAAUAUAUGAUGUCAUGAACUGGCUGUGGCUCCCUGACGGAAGAACUAAAAUUCAGAAUGUGGGUGAGGUUAAAGAGUCAGCCAAAGGUGAAGAACUCACACUUGAUGAAGACAAAAUCUUCUGGAACUCUGAAUCCAAAAAGGCACCCAGGUCAGUGUGCAGUGAGAGCUGUCCUCCAGGUACCCGGAUGGCCAGAAAGAAGGGGGAAUCUGAGUGCUGUUUUGAUUGCAUCCCUUGUUCUGAGGGAAAGAUCAGCAAUAAGACUGACUCCCUGGAGUGCACCAAUUGUCCAGAGGAUUUCUGGUCCAGCCCCCAGCGUGACCACUGUGUUCUUAAGAAAA